ACGUGCAGGAAGGCGGGGCCUGCGACAAAGCAGCAUGCAGUGAUCUGCGGCGUUGGAAGAGAGGAGAGGAGCAGUAGAGCAGGCAGACAGAAGCUUGCACAGAGCACACAGCCAUCCCCUUUAAACGCUGUACAUCGCUGUCAUUGCAGCAAUGUGGAUCCUGGACACUUCAUCCCCUCUCCUCCUCCUUUCCAUCCUGUUGCUGUGCUACGGUUGCCGGGCGGCGGAUAUUCCCGAGGACACUACAUCAGAAUUCUCUGUCAGACUGUACCAUCAGCUGCAGGCUACGGGGGGUCAAGACAACAUAAUUUUCUCCCCCCUGAGCGUGGCCCUGGCCCUGGGCAUGGUGGAGCUUGGGGCCAGGGGGGCAUCGCUCGAGGAGAUCCGACAGGCCGUGGGAUUUGACCACCUGCUGCCAGGUGUGGAGUUCUCUUUGCUCCAGAACCUGACGGCAGCGCUCUCUGAGUAUGACACCCAGUACACGGUUCGCUUGGCCAACAGCCUCUACCUUCAAGAGGGCAUCAUCUUUAACCCUGAGUUCCUGCAUCUGAUGAAGAAGUUUUUUGGAGCCAACGUAGAGACCGUUGACUUCAGCGAAUCGGUAGCUGUCGCCGAGCAGAUCAACAGCUGGGUGGAGAAUCACACUGAGAGUAAGAUCCGCGACCUUCUAUCAGGAGAGGAUUUCAGCAGCGUGACUCGUCUGUCCAUGGUCAACGCCAUCUACUUCAGAGGUUCCUGGAAAAAUCAGUUCAGGCCGGAAAACACCAGAACCUUCUCCUUCAGCAGAGACGAUGGCUCGGAAGUCCACACACUCAUGAUGUACCAACAGGGAGACUUUUACUAUGGUGAGUUCAGUGAUGGCUCCCAGGAAGCUGGCGGUGUUUAUCAGGUCUUAGAGAUGCCGUACGACGGGGACGACAUGUCCAUGAUGAUCGUUCUGCCUCGUCAGGAAGUCCCGCUGGCUUCUCUGGAGCCAAUCAUCAAGGCGCCGCUGCUGGAGGAGUGGGCCAAUAAUGUCAAACGACAGAAGGUGGAAGUGUAUCUGCCCCGGUUCAAAGUGGAGCAGAAAAUGGACCUGAAAGAUACUCUGCAAGAGCUUGGAAUAAAGAGCAUCUUCACUAAGGAUGCUGAUCUCUCCGCCAUGACAGAUGGGAAGGAGCUUUACAUUGGCAGGGCAGUGCAGAAAGCCUACCUGGAGGUGACUGAGGAGGGAGCAGAGGGUGCUGUCGGAUCAGGAAUGAUCGCCCAGACCAGGACUCUGGUGCUAUACCCACAAGUCAUGGCUGAUCACCCAUUCUUCUUCAUCAUCAGAAAUCGGAGAACAGGGUCCAUCCUCUUCAUGGGCAGGGUCCUGACCCCUGAAGUCAUCGAGCCUAAUGACCAUGACUGUGACUCCAUGUAACCCCCAGCGUGAUUCACUCAUUCUCAGCCAAUCAGAUUAAUGCCACUUCUUUUAUCAUCACCUGAGCUGUAUUUUAUGAAGACAUCAAGUAUUGAUUAUGUUAUAUCAUGUACUAUAUAUUGUGAAAAGACAUACAUGUGUUUUGAUACAGAAAGCUCUAUGGAUAUAGACACACUGACUCACUGAGGGUUAAGUUGUAAAUAUUCUCUAGUUAUGUAAUAGGGAGUAUUCUAUGCGAGUACACAUGAUAUUCAUGCAGAACCACAUUAUAGUUCAUCUGUUAACACACACACACACACACACACACACACACACAAUCCACAAGAACAGUUGAUUCUCUUCUUUCUUAAACAUCCUAACACCACCUAUUUGUAGCUUGUGUUUCCCUUUAAAUAUGUUUAACACAGUGUUCUAUAUAUGCUCAGUAUUUAUUGUGGCUAAUACAUGCUAUCAUGGGUCUUAGUAAUGAACAUCCAGCAGACCAUAAUCUUAUCGUUGUUUUUUUUUUACACCGUAGGCACGUGAUUAAACUGUCGGAAGAACUAUAAUAUGCCUUAUCACAUGUGAGUGGUUGAUCAAGCCUAGCUAGGUGUCUCACAGGUGAGCUGAGGUGACUGCAGAGUUGCCAAAGAGACCAACUCAGGCUUGCUGCCACACUCAAAAAGGUCCACUGUACCAAUUUCUGGCUGUACAUACUUAAGGAGUAACAAUAACACCAGCUGUAUACACUCUUAUACUCAAUAAAAAGACAAAUGA